AUGACUGAUAGACAAUGCAAAGUACAAAUUGGUGGUAAUAAAGAUAUAACAUUUGGAAAAAUAUUACUCUGGGUGCAUUCGAUAAUUUUUGAAAUUCCAUCUCUAUAUGAUAGAAAAGGGGAGAUGGUGGGGUUAAGAAUAGUAGACAAAAACCUGAACAAAGCCUUCUUUCAACUGGGUUUGAUAGUUGGCAAACAUCCGGGAUACUUUUUAAUCGUACCCAUUCUUCUGACGCUGCUAGGAAUGACAGGAUACCAAAGGAUACACAACAACAUAGACCCCGAAUACCUCUUUAGUCCUAUAAAUGGUGCUGGGAAAUACGAACGACAUAUAGUAGAAAGUUAUUUUAAAGUGAAUUACAGUAGUAGGUUUAGCGUGGCUAGGAUCACUAGAGCAGGACGAUUUGGCCGAGUGAUUCUAACCUCGAAAGAUGGCGACAAAAAUAUGUUACGAGUCGACGUUUGGAAGGAGAUGCGAUUGUUAGAUGGGUACAUCCAAAACAUGACUGUGCAACAUGACGAUGAAUAUUUCACGUAUAAAGAAAUAUGUGCCAAAUGGAUGACGGAUUGUUUCAAUAAUGACAUAUUGAAUUUGGAUUAUAUAAUGGAGGAUGUUGAAAGUAAAGCAAUAAACCUAACGUUCCCCCUGAUGUUCAACCCUGUAACGUGGGACGCCCAUGCUUUCCCGGUGUUUUUCGGUGGUACUGAAGUAAGCGAAGAUGGACUCAUCAUAAGCGUGCCUUCUGUACAACUCGUUUAUUUUGGAAAUUCUGACUCCAAAAAACUUGAAAACUUGGGUUCGGCGUGGGAAGACGCCUUUUUGGACCUUAUCGAACAAAUCCAAGACAAAGACAACAUAUUUAAACACAUCAGGAUAGCUCGAUUUGCCUCUAGAACCUUAGAUCACGAAUUAGAAAAAAAUACGAAAUCUGUUUUACCCUAUUUUACAUCCACGUUCGUUAUUAUGGCUAUCUUUUCAGUGGUUACCUGCAUGAUGUUCGAUUGGGUGAGAUCAAAACCAUGGUUAGGCCUGUUAGGUAAUAUCAGCGCUGCUAUGGCAACACUGUGUGCUUUUGGGCUGUGUAUGUACGCAGGUGUGGAUUUUAUAGGAUUAAACUUGGCAGCCCCGUUUUUGAUGAUAGGUAUUGGAAUAGAUGACACUUUUGUGAUGCUGGCAGCUUGGAGAAGAACGUCUAUAAAAACGCCUGUUCCUGAAAGAAUGGCGCAUAUGUUGAGUGAAGCUGCUGUCUCAAUUACUAUCACUUCUGUCACAGAUUUUUUCAGUUUUUGGAUUGGUAUAUUCAGUCCUUUUCCAUCUGUUACCAUAUUUUGUAUUUAUUCAGGUGCAGCGACGUUGCUAUUAUUCAUUUGGCAUUUGACAUUCUUCGCAGCCUGUGUUGCCAUCUCUGGAUAUUGUGAACAGAAAAAUUUACACGCAAUAUUCUGUUUCAAAGUUUUGCCCAAGUCCAAAUCAACCAAAAAGAACUUCCUCUACCGGUGGUUCUGCAGCGGAGGAGUAGACCCUAACGACAUAGACAAUCCACAAGACAACACCGAGCACGGUUUCAUGGUGUUCUUCAGGGACUAUUUCGGUGCCAUGCUAAAUAACGGUUGCGUCAAAUUCAUAAUUAUUAUUAUAUUCGCCCUAGUACAAGUUAUAGUAUCAGGCCAAUACGAUUACUCGGAUCCAAAAAUUCAAGCGGAAGUCGAAAAUCUAACGCAAACCUUCGAAAACACUUCCUACAUCUCAAACACACUAUAUACGGAAUCGUGGUUAAGAAGCUUCCUACAAUAUGCGCAAAGGAAUCAAGAUUACCUCAAUCUUACCAUUGACACGAACGAGGGCUUCAUAGAUUCCCUAAAAGAAUUAUGGUUGCCCCCUAGUAGUUCGUUCUCGUUGGACGUUAAAUUUGAUGAAAGCGGCGAAAAUAUUAUCGCCAUGAGGUUUUUAAUUCAAGCUGUCAAUAUAUCCGGUACAGAGCAUGAAAAAGAAAUGUUUGAACUGGUGAGGCCGUUGUCAAUCCAAAAUAUGAUAAUCGGUGCAGGUAUUAUGAUGUUGGUAACUUUUAUUUUCAUCCCAAACAUCCUUUGCUCGUUCUGGGUAGCUCUAUCGAUUGUUUCCAUUGAAGCUGGAGUUGUUGGUUAUAUGGCUUUAUGGGGAGUCAAUCUGGAUUCAAUAUCUAUGAUAAAUUUAAUAAUGUGUAUAGGUUUCAGUGUGGACUUCACUGCUCAUAUUUGUUAUGCCUACAUGUCUUCGAAAGCAAGAACGCCCAAUGAAAGGGUCAAGGACUCUUUGUACGCUCUAGGACUACCGAUAUUCCAAGGAUCCGUUAGUACCAUCCUGGGAAUGAUAGCACUGUUGCUGGCGGACAAUUAUAUAUUUUCCGUGUUUUUCAAAAUGGUGUUUUUAGUCGUGUUUUGCGGAGCCAUGCACGGAUUAUUUUUGUUGCCGGUACUUUUGUCCUUAUUUGGUCCAGGAUCUUGUACGAAAUAUUCGCCUGAAGAUGACAUAAAAUUGUCCAAAAUCGAAAAAUCUUUACCGCAUCCUUAUUGCAUCCCACAUCCUCAAUUUACUCUAAAUGGAAACAAUCUAGGAGCAGUGAAACCGUCAAAUACACCAAUCAUCGAAAGAUACACCAAAAAACCACAAACCCAAAAACUCUUCUCCGACAUGGAAAAAGAUCUUGGACUUGGUACCUCCGAGGAAAACUCAAGCGAAUCUUCCAUACAUUCACAAAAGAAACUACCCAUGGACGAUGCAGCGUUAGAAAGACGCUACAGAGAUGCAUGGAGAAGGAAUUCGGAAGCAGCCAUCUUGGGUUUUAGAAAUUCACAAGUGUUGGACAUCUUUGUCUCAACUCUUCUGGUAGCAUCCUGGUGUUCUGAUACAGGUAAAUUAGAGUCACUUGUCAAUAUGGGUUUAUCUGAUUUCAUCUGGUCAUUUGGGCUCGUCGAGGGUCUAGAUAAUGCCUCAGAAAUGUUGAUCAUGUUGGCUGGACGAAGCUCCAGGCGCAGGUCAAGAGCUGCUGACACCUCAAAUCUCCCACCAGCUGAACAUAGAAAUGACAACUUAUUGAGUCCCAGAUUCGAUCCCAACCGAAGAUAUUCUCCACCGCAAGAAAGAUACUCUAGACAAAACGGAGAUAACUUCGCCAGGUCUAGUUCCUAUCAUAACAUCAUUCAUCCCCGCUACGUAAAAGAAUCUAGGUUUCCUUAGUUUUAAAUAGUUUCGUUUUUUUUUAAUUUUCGGUGUUCAUUAUUAGAAAUAUUUUUUAUUUAUUUUUUACGUCUUAAUUUUUAGAAUUCUGUUGUAAAUAAUUUUUUAGAUUUUUGUUUUGUAAUUUAAAGGGAAAAUAUUUAUGAACAGUUUUGAAAUUGCGGGUAUGGAAAAUACGGUAUUUUUCUCUUUUUGAUUGAGAUCUACCCACAUGUAUUAAUAAUGGAAGUGAAUAUGCACUCCGGCAGUCAGAUUUUUAUUAAUUACAAUUGUGUUUUGACUGGCGGGACUUGAGCCACUACUUGUCCGAACAUUUUUUUAAAUUUUGUGACAAAUAUGUGUGUGUUUAUUAUUUUAAACGGUUUCAUUUCAGUUGACUGAUAAAUACUCUAAUUUUGAUUGAUAUUUUAAGUUAGUAAAGAUAUGUGUAGGCCUGAUUGUGUCCAUGGAUUUGUCGUUAAAUUAUAGUGAAGAAUAUAGGUUGAUGCUUAAAACAUUACGGGGACACAGUAUGCUUUUUACAGACCUUGUUCUAAUGGUUUUUAGGUAACAUUGAAGAACCUUUACCGAUGGCAUAGUAAAAGUAUUUCUUCUUUGAAAUAGAGGAUAUGGUUUAUUAAGGAAGAAUAUACCUAAGAAAGUUUUCUUUAAAAUUGAUCUUAACACAUUAGCUGCUACAUUGAUAUGUGAGAUUUUUUAAAAUAAUUUUGGGGGAUAAGUUUCCUUACUCUUAGAUACUGGCCUUUUCCCACUUAAAUACCUUUGUGCCUUACAAAAGCCUGUAUGUCCUAGAUCAAUUAUGUAAUGUGUCUCUGUUUAUUUAAAUUUUCUUCUAUAGUUAAUUAAUGUUAUAUCGUCUGGUCAGAUGACCAAAACAUUCUAAACUUAGUGGAAAGCAUAAAUUUACUGGGAAAAUAACCCUAUUAAAGUUCUAACCUGAUUUGUAAUUAAGCAGAGUAAGUCAUGUUGAUCAUGGUUCUCUAAUGAAAGUGAUCUUUCUUUGAGAUAUUCUUAGUAUUUGAUAUCAAGAAUAACAAGAAUAUAUUAUUACAUAGUGGGACAUUUGAAUUUACCGCUGAAACGUCCCUUGUCACUCAUACAGUUCCUGCGGUAUGUCAAAUGUCACACUUGAGCAGACUCUUCUGCGCAAGCGAUUGGAAGACAUGUUAAUUCAACAUUAAACAACAAUUAAAGUAUAACAAUAUUCAUUAUAUAAAUAGCAGACUCUUCUGCGCAAGUGUGACAUUUGACAUACCGCCGGAACUGUAUUAGCAAAGAGUAUAAUUAACACAAGAGAUCGCACUUAAAUGUUAAUCGAUCUGAAAGUCUGUGACCUUGAAAAUUCAAAAUAUUUUACGCGGGUAAAAUGUAUCUAAUCUAAAUAUAACCUAGCUUUCUUAUAAUUUCUUUUUUUUGGUUUAAACAUUUAUUUGUAAUGAAGGUCUGCAAUGAAAAAACUGCAAAAAUACUAAUCAAUUUUCUGGAUGUCAUUUUUCUCAUGUGACAGCAACUAAUGUUGUGAUUGGUGACACCAGACUUGUCAAAAAUACUCCAGACCAAUAGGGAGAAGGCAUCGAGGUCAACAUUAUUUUAAAAACCAGAAAAACAUAAAUUUUCUAAUAAUUACAAUAAUUUUGUCUUCAAGUGGCUUAAAACCUGAAUAUUUUUUACUUUUAGAUGUAAUUUUUCUCAUGCAACUAACAUGCUGAUUGGUGACCCCAGACUUGUCAAAAAUACCCCAGACCAAUAGGGAAAAGGUAACGAGGUCAUUGAGAUUUGAGCCGAAAUUUAACAUGGGAAGUAUAGGGAGUGACAGGCCUGUGGUAUUAGUGACAAGGGACAUUUCAGCGGUAAAUUCAAAUGUCCCACUAUGUAAUAUAUAUGUUAUUUAUUUUGCAAACUUUUAUAGUAAAUCACACACCGAUACUUGUUUACUUUAUCUUAUUGUUGGUGUUGUUGAUGUUUAUGUGGUGUUUAGCUUGGAUAUUGGUUGGAUCAUCAUGUAUUAGACAUUAGUUCCACAACUGUUACAAUAUGACGUAGGUAUUGCUGAACAAUAAUCUGUGAUUCAAUUUCUAUUCCCAAAAAAAGAGCAGUUGUAAUUUAUAGCAGAUAGAGCUACUGUUAAAUACUUUAAAUAGUUUACAGAAUUUCCAGAAUGUUCAUUUAGAUAAAUUACUUUCUUCAUCUAUAUAUUCAACCUUCCAUAAGGUAUAAUCUUCUGCAAUAAACCUAAAGUUCAUUACCUUUACAUUUGCCAAAUUCCUAUAUCCUGUAAGGAUCAAUUAUGGUAAAAAGAAAUAAAAACGUGUAAAUGGCUCCAAAUAGUUAAAUGAAUUUGUGAACUUUUGCUCAACUUGUACCUUUAGAGUACGUAUAAGAAUAUAUUUAGCUAAGAUUGUAC